CAGAUACAGUGCUCACAGGGGGAGGCAUGAGAAGACAUCUUAUCCAUUGAUGCAUCAAUUUGUUGCUUUAUGUUUGAAGCUAUUUUGCAAAGUGAUCUGAAGCACUGAGCUGAGAUUACAAAGAAACCAGCUAGUGUGUUUGGAUAUGCGCUGAAACAAGGAUUUGAAAACAAAGGAAAUAAAGACUAGGACUCUGUUGAAGUCUCUUACGUGAGACUAUAUGUGACAUGGACGGCGUGCAGGUGGUCUUGAGCAGAAGCCCAUUUGAUAAUCGAGCUGUGAAGUUCUCGUGCCGGUCGGGGAAGCAAUGAAAAAGGAUUCGCGGCAUCGCUGAAGACUGCUUCAUCAAGUCUAGUUGAGCAAGUCAGGCUUCAGUUUGGAUCAGUUAUCAGUGAGCAGGAGUCAAACACAUUGCACAAAGGACUGAGAAACUUUUUCAUUGAAUUUUCUCUGCGAUAACCGUGCAUCCUCUGAGACGGGAUGCAGGUGUCUUUUGUUUGCACGGACCACCGGUCCAUGAGCCGCAGCACGGAUGACCGGCUCAAUCGACAAAACGCUAACAGUCCGAGCUCUGGUACCCGAAGCAAGUUCAAAGCCGUGGCCAUGGUGGCCAGAAGCCUAGGGCAGCUGUCCGUCCAAAGCGUGCCCUCUUCAAGUGACCAGAGCAUGAGAACUGGCAUGAAAUAUAGAAACUUGGGGAAGUCUGGCCUGAGAGUCUCGUGUCUUGGAUUAGGAACAUGGGUGACGUUUGGAGGACAGAUCACAGAUGAGAUGGCAGAGCAGCUGAUGACUCUGGCGUAUGAGAACGGGAUCAAUCUGUUCGACACGGCAGAGGUCUACGCUGCUGGAAAGGCGGAGAUGGUGCUCGGCAACAUCAUAAAGAAGAAAGGAUGGAGACGCUCCAGUUUAGUCAUUACAACCAAAAUAUUCUGGGGUGGAAAAGCAGAGACAGAGAGAGGACUGUCGAGGAAACACAUUAUAGAAGGUUUAAAGGCAUCAUUGGAGAGAUUGCAGUUAGAAUAUGUGGAUGUGGUGUUUGCAAACAGACCCGACCCCAACACACCCAUGGAAGAAACGGUGCGGGCGAUGACGCAUGUGAUCAAUCAGGGAAUGGCGAUGUACUGGGGCACGUCACGCUGGAGUCCGAUGGAAAUCAUGGAAGCGUAUUCUGUGGCCCGGCAGUUUAACCAGAUUCCACCAAUCUGCGAACAGUCAGAGUAUCACAUGUUCCAGAGGGAGAAAGUGGAGGUGCAGCUUCCCGAACUCUUCCAUAAGAUCGGUGUGGGUGCGAUGACAUGGUCUCCGCUGGCCUGUGGGAUCAUCUCAGGGAAAUACGACAGCGGGGUGCCAGCAUACUCGCGUGCCUCACUGAAGGGCUACCAGUGGUUGAAGGACAAGAUCUUGAGCGAGGAGGGCCGACGCCAGCAGGCGAAGCUGAAAGAGCUGCAGGCAAUCGCUGAGCGGCUGGGCUGCACGCUGCCACAGCUAGCCAUCGCGUGGUGCCUGAGAAAUGAAGGCGUAAGCUCUGUGCUCCUCGGAGCCUCCAACACGGACCAGCUCAUGGAGAAUAUAGGAGCAAUACAGGUUCUUCCAAAGCUAUCCUCCUCCAUCGUGCACGAGGUGGACAGUAUCCUGGGAAACAAACCCUACAGUAAAAAGGACUACCGCUCCUAGUGUGGAACCAGACGGGACCGGAUGCUCCGCACUCACCUUUGCCUGAUCCUCCGUUAGCUUCAGCUUUUACUGAAUGAGUACCGGCCGCAUGAGACAGGCAAGCACCCACAAACCCUGGAGAGCAAGACUUUUAGAACACAAAGGGCAAGAAACACGUGAAAAAUACACAAAACAAACACAUUCAAAUGCAGCAUAGAGAGCGAUGCAUCGAAGAUACGUGCUGACGGAUCAAGGUACUUUAAAAUGAGAUCACUAGGGUAAUUAAGAACAAAAAAUAUGCUUAAACAUU